UUAAAACGACAUUAUAGAAAUUCCUAAGAAUCGCCGUAAAUAUUCAACUUUAUGUAUAUUUUGAACGUUAAAAAGAUCAGAAAGAAAAAGAGGAGAAAUUUUAAUGACUAAUUUGAACGCUAAUUAAAAUUCAAUAAAAAAAUUAAAAAUGGAUACCAAUUUGGACCAAGAUGAUGGGUCAAGUAGUGAUUUGGAUAUCAGUAAUGACAUCAAUGGAUGUUUGAAAUCACUCGAUGCAGAUAUUGAUGGUCCAAAGAAUAUUAAUAAUGAUAACGAGGGCUCGGGAAGUGAUAAUUCAAGUAGUUCCAGCAGUUCGUCGUCUUCUAGUGAAUCUUCAUCAACAUCCACAUCGAAAAGCUCAAAAACAUCUUCAUCUCAUAAAAAGUCUAAAGAAAAGCCAAUAGAACCAAAAUUUACUGCAGCUCCUUUAUCAAGUGUUGUAAUAACAGAUAGAGUCCUUUAUCCAGCAAGAUUUCACAAAAAGCCUCCAAUUAUUAUCGAAAAUAGACAACAAAAGCCAUUACCACAUCGGUCGCGCUCUAGAUCAAGAGGACCACGUUCAAUGAGAGAAUCUGGAUAUCGAACUGAUGGUUCAAUAGUGUCAGAUAACAUGAAACGACGUAAAUCGAGAGCUCCAUCGGCUCCACGUUCAUCAGUCACUCCAGUUGACAUAGAUUUAGAUUUAAAUGUUCUUCAGUUAAGUACAGAGCCAUCAACAUCAGUUAAACUGACAAAAAAGAAUGUCAGCUUAAUGGCGCGAAAAAAUGAUACUAAUAAUAACAAUAACAAUAAUGGAAAUACAAUAUCGAAUAGCAAAAUAAGACCGAUGGCAAUAAAUUUAGAACUGAAUCGUCGUUUACUUGAGCAUAAAAUGAAUUUAAAUGGAAGAAGUACUCCGUUUUCAUCGGCAUCAUGUAAAUUAGGAUUUGGUUUAAAAUCAAGCCAAUCAUUUCAAGAGUUAACUGCAACAUCUAAAAUAAUGACAUCUCCAUGGUCAGACGAAAAGAAUUCAUUUAAACCUGUAAAAUAUGCAAAGUCGUUAUCUAAAAUUGUUAUGAAAUCCCGAAGACCAUCUGUUGCAAGUCGAGCAGGAUCUGUGAGAAGUGCAACAUCAACAAUUUCACGAAUGCGUCGUGCACCGACACCAGCAUCGAUUAAAAAUAAUGAGUAUGUAAAUGCACAGGUUUUGGAAAUAACAUCUGCACUUGCUAAAUGUAACAUUAGUUCAUCGAAACCAUCUAAAACUUCAAAAACAUUAAAGACACAUAAGAAUAUUCAAAAUAAUGUAAUGAAAAAGAAGAAGACUCCAAACAAGAGAAGAAGUAAGAAAAUGGAUGAUAAUUACAAUGAUACAGUGCCUGUUGCAGAAGAUCACAAAUUGCCAUUAAAAAAGCGCCACUACUUAAUUGCAGAAGAAAAGUCAGCUAAUGUGAAGAGAAAACGCUCAAAGAAGUCUGCACCACCGGGAAUUUUUGAACCGACUGAGCAGAAUGAUGAUGAUGAUGCUUCACUAGACGUAUAUAACAUAAUCGAUAAUACUGUCUUAGAUGUUAAACCGCCUUCUAAAUCUGUAGUUGAUAACAUUCUUACAAAAAUGGAACCGACUGUAAAUAAACGAAAAAGACGACGUGCCAAUCGAACUGGAUUCCCAACACCAAAACGUCCCAAAAAGAAGGUCAUUAAUGAUAAUGCAAGUGAUACAUCGAGUGUUGUAAAAAGAAGGAAAAGAAAAAGAAAUUUAUCGGCGGACGAAGAAGUACGUAUGUUAACGGCCCGUCAAUUACAGUUGAAACAGCAAAAGGAAAUAGAAUUAAAUAAUCAGAAACAUGAAACGAGAAAUAUUCGUAGCAGAGCUAAGUCCGUAUGUCACAUUCCUGAACCUGCACUUGAAGAGCAAUUACCGGUUGUUAAACGAAAAAGGAGGCAAACUAUAUUCGUAGAUCUUAAUGACGACUCUAAACAAGUACAACACUUAGAAAUAUUACCUAUAGCUGCAAAUGAUAUAAAGUCACUAAAACAUAAGAAAGAAAAUAAACCGUUAAAUGAUUCAAAAGCUUUAAAAGAAUUAAAAUCGACAAUAGCAACGACAAAAGAAAAUCUGAUAAAAUCACAUGCAGUCGAGAAAGAAAAAGAAAAGGAGAAUGAGAAAGAGACGAAAAAAACUGAAAAGGAUGCUAAAACUGAAGUACCUAUCAAAAAAAAACGAAGGCAAACGAUACAUCUAGAUGUUCAUCCAUCGCCUACGCCUAGUAAUUCAUCCAGUAAAAAAGUCCGGAACGAAACUAAAAAGUCAUCAGAUUCUUCAAAAUCCGAGUCAUACGUAAAGCUUAUACCAAAAAAUGUCUAUAAUGGUGACACACAAAAGAGAGCCUUUAUUCCAAGUCUGAAAGGAACCAAAUGUCGUUGCUCUCCUAAUCCAUGUGGAGAAUCGUGCCUAAAUCGUUCAACGUUUAUCGAAUGCGAUCUAUCAAUAUGUGGCAAAAAUUGUACAAAUACCGUAAUACAGACUGGAGGUCUUUUAGAUAAGAGCGUUGAGAAAUUUCAAACUCAACAAAAAGGCUAUGGAGUUCGAACGAAAAAGGAUAUUUCUAAGAAAACUCUUAUUUUAGAAUAUACCGGAGAAGUCUUGUUUAAGGAAUCAUUCAGACAGAGAAUGCAGACAGUUUAUAAGAAUGACCAACAUCAUUAUUGCUUAGAAUUAAACAAUGGUUUAGUAUUAGAUGGUCAUCGAAUGGGCUCCUUGUGCAGGUUCGUUAAUCACUCAUGCAAACCAAAUUGUGGAAUGGCAAAGAUUUAUGUCGAAGGUCUUCCGCGAAUGAUUUUGCAAGCAGAAGAUGAUAUAUCAGCUGGAGCAGAGCUUACUUAUGAUUAUAAAUUUGAUAAUUUUGAAGAUAUGACACCACAGCAAUGUUUUUGUGGUGCAGAAACUUGUAGAGGAACUCUCAGUGCCAAUGCUAAAGCCCCAAGACGGCUUAGUAUGACUUAUAAGGAAGGAGAAAGUGUUCGAAGGGUUGGAAGAAAAGGUAAAACCUACUCAUCUAGUCCAAAAGCCAAUUCUUGUUUCUUGAUGCGAAAUCUAAGAAGAAUAGAGAAGCAUCAUCCAGAACUUAUGAAUUAUUAUCAGAAUAUGAAGAAUCAGAAUCGUGUUGAAGACGAUCCAAAAGUGGGUUUUGCAUUUGUGUCGAAAACUCUUGAAAACUCACCACCGCCAAUUGAUACUGUAAGCUCUAAAAUUGACGAAGAUAUGCCUGCAAAAGAAAUCAAAGAAAAAACUCCCGAACCACCUGUUGUCGUCAAUCGACCUCUUUCCGAGCAAUCUCAAAUCUUAUGGCAAAUUUGUGAAAAACUUGAUUUAAACCAUACAGAUCAACUGAAAGAUAUAGCGAUUCCAUCUGCACCUUCAUCUGGACACUCAAAUCAUGACCGGAUAUCACUUCCUGUCUCAUUUGAUGACGUUAAAACAAAUGUAAAAAUGGGUCAUUAUGAUCUAAAUCCACUUCUAUUUCAUUAUCAUGUAAAAAUUAUGCUGGAUAACGUUGUAAAAUUCUGGGGAGUAAACUGUCAACAAUUUCAUACAAUGAUUGAAAUUCGCGAUGGAUAUAAAACCAUUCGAUCUGAAAUGAUUGAAGAAAUCCGAAGGAUAUGGGAGGAUGAGUUUCUUGUCAAUGCUAUGAUGGAUAAAAUUGUCAAAAAGCCAGCAAAGAACCGAAAAAAGGUUGUUGAAAGGAACGAUGACGAGGAUAUUGUCAAUUGCCAUUGUGGUAGAUUUUUAGAGGAAGGUAUUAUGAUUCAAUGUCAGAAAUGCCUAACAUGGCAACAUGUUGACUGUGCUGGUACAGAUGGAAAAGCGGAAAAUUAUUCAUGCAUCAAAUGCGAGCCAAGAUCCGUUGAGAUGGAAAUUAUUAAAAAGGGUGAAACAACAGCAGAUAACCAUCAAUGUUACUUAACAUUGAUGAGAGGAAAUUUACAGAUUCGAGUUGGAGAUGCUGUAUAUGUUUUAAGAGAUAUUCCAAUAGAUUCUACAAAAGUUGGUGGACCGCGACAUACGUACGAAACAAUAGGAAACGUUAAUUAUGCUGAAUGCGAUAUCGUUCGAGUAGAAACGCUUUAUAAAGAUUCAAAUGGAGAGCCACGAGUGCUGGGUCAUCAUUAUUUAAGGCCAAAUGAAGUAUAUCAUGAACCAUCUAGAAAGUUUUACACUAAUGAGCUCAUGCGAACAUCAAUUUUUGAGUCAAUUCCAAUUAAUCUUGUAAUUGAUACAUGUUGGGUUCUGGAUCCAAAUACAUAUUUCAAAGGACGGCCAAUAAAUAGCAUUGAGCAUCAUGUCUACAUUUGUGAAUAUAAAGUAGAUAAGCUAGCGCGAGUAUUUAGUGUAAUUAAGAAGAGCGGUCGACAGCCAAUCAGCAUAAAGCCUUAUGCAUUUUAUAAAUUUGAGGAGUUGCUGCGCCAGAGGAGGAAUCACUUGGUAAGCUUUUGGCUCAUCAUAGAUUUUAAUCAUAAUUUUCAUAUGUCAUCUGCUUCUUACAGCCUCACGAUAUUGAUCAUGUUAUACCAAAGAAAGUUAAGAAGGAAAUGCAGCAGCUAGCUAAAAAUCAGAAAGUGAUCAGUGAAAUUGUUAGUAUCCCACUCAUAUCUUUGCCAAAAGACCUCAUAAAUCAUCGUCCAGCACCAAAAAAGAUGUUUUCUAGAAAACAAAAAACUGACAAUCUUGAAUCCUGUAUAAAGAAAAUUAAGAGCUGCAGCAAGGAAGCUGCAAAAAACUCUAAAGACUCACAAAAAAUUAAUUCAAAGCACAAUAAUGAGAUUACGGAAGUAUUUGAUAAAAAUGCAAAACAGUUGAAGAAGCGCGGCAGAAGAGGCAAACAGAAAAUUAAUUCUUAGCAAUAAUGCCAUAGUUGGUUAAGAGAUUGAUUAUAAUUUUAACUAUUUUCAAUUUUUCCAUUUUCUAUCCUUUCUCUUUCUUUUCUUCUUAGUUUAUAAAUUGAGAAUGUACAAGGAAAAUUAAAAAAUAAAUUAAUUUUUUC